AUGGGCCGCGAAAUCAUCUCCCUCCAAGCCGGUCAAGCUGGUAAUCAAAUCGGCGCCCAAUUCUGGCAAAAGUUGUGUGCAGAGCACGGUAUCUCCCCCCAAGGCGAACUUGAAGACUGGGCCGCGGAAGGGACACAAGGGGACAGGAAGGAUGUGUUUUUCUAUCAGGCGGACGACGAGCAUUAUAUCCCUAGAGCUAUUUUGAUUGAUCUCGAGCCGCGUGUGAUCAACUCAGUGCUCACAUCGCCUUUCAAAGGUCUCUAUAACCCGGAAAACAUCUACGUGUCGAAAGACGGUGGUGGUGCGGGAAACAACUGGGCGCAAGGGUAUAGCGCGGGAGAGAGGGUGUAUGAUGAUUUGAUGGAGAUGAUUGACCGUGAAGCGGAUGGUAGUGACUCUCUGGAAGGCUUUAUGCUUCUCCACUCAAUAGCAGGUGGUACAGGCUCCGGUCUAGGUUCAUACCUCCUCGAACGCCUGAACGACCGCUUCCCCAAAAAACUCAUCCAGACCUACUCGGUUUUUCCCGAAUCAUCCGACGUCGUCGUACAGCCGUACAACUCAUUACUGGCCACGAAACGACUGGUGAACAAUGCGGACAGUGUGGUGGUUUUGGACAAUGCGGCUUUGACAAAGAUCGCGGCGGAUAGGCUGCAUAUCCAGGACCCGAGUUUCACGCAGACGAACCAGCUGUGUUCAACGGUGAUGGCUGCUUCGACGACGACACUGCGAUACCCCAGUUACAUGAACAACGACCUCGUCGGUAUCAUUGCGAGCCUGAUCCCCACACCCCGAUGCCACUUCUUGAUGACAUCCUACACCCCGUUCACCAGCGAUGAAAUUGACAACGCCAAAUCGAUCCGCAAAACCACCACCCUCGACGUCAUGCGCCGCCUGCUCCAGCCCAAGAACCGUAUGGUCUCCACAACAUCCACCAAAUCCAGCGCCUACAUCUCUUGCCUCAACAUUAUUUCCGGCGACGUCGACCCUACCGACGUGCACAAGAGUCUGUUGAGGAUCAGGGAGAGGCAGCUGGCGAAUUUCAUUCCGUGGGGCCCGGCGAGUAUACAGGUGGCGUUGACGAGGAAGAGGGGGAUGGGGGCGGGGAGUAAUAGGGUGAGCGGGGUGAUGAUUGCGAACCAUACGAGUAUGGGAUCUCUCUUCAAGAGGAUGAUCCACCAAUACGAUAUGCUGCGCAAGCGUAAUGCCUUCUUGGAGCAGUACAAGAAGGAAGACAUGUUUUCGGAUGGGCUGGACGAGUUUGACGAUGCGAGAAGGGUGGUGCAGGAGAUGCAGGAAGAGUACCAAGCGGCGGAGAGAGAGGACUACAUCAGCCAUGGCGGGCAGUAA